AUGAUUAUCAGAGCUGAUGAUUUGCGUUUUUUCUUUGAACGAAUUGGUCCAGUACAUGAUGUUCAUAUCCCGGUUCACUAUCAUACACGAGAACCUCGAGGUUUGGCAUAUAUCAGAUAUGAACUCGCACAAGAUGCAGAAAAUGCUGUGAGGGCGAUGAAUGGGGCUCAUGUCUUAGGUAGACGCAUAAAAGUUGAUUGGCUUAAUAGACAACAAAUCCAUCGCUAUAAACGUUAUCACUCGUACCAUCGAUCAUUUUCGAAGUACAGCUCGAGUUCAUCAUAUCGCUGUCGACUACGUCAUUCAGAUUUUCGCUCACGCAAAGAAAGAGCAUCAUCUAAUAAUAGUACAAGCACAAGUUCAUCAUUAUCUAGAAAUCAUCGAAAAUCGAUUAACCAUAAAUCACAAGCCUCUAGUAAACCUUCAGCUCAUUCGGAGAAAACAAAGAAGAGCUGCUUAUUGAAUAAUAAAGAAACUGGUGCUUUAAAUGAAUCCACAAUUAAGAGACGAACUCAUGCUGGUCAAGAAAUUUUCGAUGAUCUAGAAAUGAGGAGUGAAGCGUCUGCUAGUGACAUGGAGAUAGAUAAUGAUCAGACUCAAACUGGCGUUAGUGAUCGGUGUGGUGGUAUAGAAAAAAGAAUUGAGGUUUCUAUUUCCUCAGAUGAAGAUAGGUUAGUAAUGGAUAUGGAAACAGGUGAAGAAACCCUUGAUCUAAACGGUACUUUUUGCACACUCUCAUGUGAUUAA